AUGGAUUCAAAGAUUAAGCAAUUGGCGGAAAUGGGGUUUACCCACGACCAAGCAGAGUCGGCAUUGAAAAAGGCCAAUAACGAUUUAGAACAAGCGAUUGGCUAUCUAUUUGGCGACUCUGAAGAAAAACACCCAGGAGAAGCACAAAUGUUUGAUGAAGAUUACAACAGAGGUACUGUUGCAAUUUCAAACCCUCAGGAUAUUCCACAACUUCCACUACUGGAGUCACAAGAAUAUGCAUAUAGUAGUGGAUGGGGCAGCGAAUCAGAACAAUUUGAUUUGAAUGGGCCGCAACUUUUUGAAGACCCAAGAGUAUUUCUAAGGAGCACCGAAACCAUCCCCGCAGUUGUUCCCAAAGUAGGCAAUACACCAGGAAGGUUUGUCAUACCAUUGUACGUGAUUUUGUGCCAAAUUCAUGCAUUCAACGAGAUACUAUUGAGCAAAGAUGUAGUUCAAGAAUUUAGCGAAAGCUGGUUCACCGAUCAACAGGAAGAGUCACCAUCAAAUUCCGACGAAGGUGUGUCAUUUAUCGCAGCCAUGCAACGGCUUAUUGGUUUCUUUAGUACGGCUAGUGAACGUUCAUUCAUAAGUGCAGAAGGAUUCUACAAUAAUGUGUCUGAAUCAUUUAAGGCGCACGAGUUUGAAGACUGGGACGACCUAUUGACCAUAGUUGGCACAGACCUAGCUAAAAACGUGAAAUCAGUGUUAGAUAAAGAGUUUGACCUCCUUAUUUCACAAGCUAUAGACCACGAAGGAGAGUUGAAAACAUUCCAAAGCGUCAACCUCGAGAGUGACAGCAGAGAACCAACUUUGGUGGAAUCGUUGGGUAAAUUAUUGUGGUCUUCCGAGUCUUAUGAGAUUAAAAGCAUCGCACCUAUAUUGGGGAUCCAAAUCUCGCCAAACGAUAGCUCCGGACCAGUUCCUUCGUUAAGCGUGGGAGAAUCGUUCUAUCCAGCGUUGUUUACAUCAAAAUACAGGUCCUUGAUCGAAGAGAUGGACAGAAAAAGACUUUUGUCAGCAAAAGAAAGGACGACUAUUACGUCAAGAAUCAUGUCUUUGAGUUCCUUUGAGGGAAAGAAAAUCAGGAGCUUUUUAGAUAAAACAAAGGACUAUUUGGACAACAUCGGAGAGAAAGAGGGACACGAAGAUCUUUCCAAACUAUCAGACUCUAUAAGAAAUGAAUCAAGCCAGUUGAAUGAAGCAUUAAAGACAAUCAAUAACGACUACGCAAAACUCGAUACCACAAAUCAAGAGAAUAUCAUAGAGGAGAUAAAAAAGGAUGAAGGUUUGGAUAUACCUUCAAAAUAUCAUCUAGUUGGUGUUGUAUUUUCAGAUACCCGUUAUGCGUACAGGCGCAGGGUGAAUUCAGACAGCGAAUGGGUGUUAUUCCUCGCCGAUGCACCACACGGAGCUGUUUUAGAUUUCAAGACCACCAACUGUACAUUUGGUGAAGUGAAAAGCUAUAUAGAGGAUGAACCAAAUGAUAAAUUCAUCUUCUUGGUGUACGUGGAUGAGAAAGCAUUACAAGGAGAGCAACUAACACUUCCUCCUGCGUUGUCAUCUUUCUUCUCAAAAGAUAAUGCAUUCCUACACGAGCAAAUCGAAGAAUCAAACCAUGAAAAUAACGAUCUGGUAAAGAGUAAUGAAGAGUCUACUGAAGAUGUUGUUGGGAAAGACGGUGGCUUCGAAAGUAAGCCCGAUUCUGUUACUGACUUAAUAGAUAUAUAG